UGUCUUGUGGGUGGAACCCGCUAACGGGGUUUUGGCGUUUCGCGCAAUGCAGCGGCCGGGAGACCUGAAGCUGAAGCCGAGACACUUGAAUUAGCUUUAGCAGAAGAGAUAUGGAGGAGCCAUAGAACAUUAAGGAUGAAUUCAGGAAGACCUGAGACCAUGGAGAACUUGCCAGCUCUCUACACUAUUUUCCAAGGAGAGGUAUAUUCUUUUGGCUUUGAAAACUUAGCAUUUAUGGUUGCUAUGGUGACAGACUAUGGCGCCUUUAUCAAAAUCCCAGGCUGUCGGAAGCAAGGUUUGGUCCAUCGAACUCACAUGUCAUCCUGUCGUGUGGAUAAGCCUUCUGAGAUAGUUGAUGUUGGAGACAAAGUAUGGGUGAAGCUUAUAGGCCGAGAGAUGAAAAAUGAUAGGAUAAAAGUAUCCCUCUCCAUGAAAGUUGUCAACCAAGGGACUGGAAAAGACCUUGACCCCAACAACGUUAUCAUCGAGCAAGAAGAGAGGCGGAGGCGGUCCUUCCAGGAUUACACUGGACAGAAGAUCACCCUCGAGGCUGUCCUGAACACUACCUGCAAGAAGUGUGGCUGUAAAGGCCACUUUGCAAAGGAUUGUUUCAUGCAGCCAGGUGGGACCAAGUACUCUCUGAUACCUGACGAGGGUGAGGAGGAAGAGGCAAAGCCAGCAGAGUUUGACAAGCCUGACCCUACGAAGAAUUCGAGAAAAAGAAAGAAGGAAAAGAAGAAAAAGAAACAUAGAGACAGGAAGUCAUCUGACUCUGACAGCUCAGACUCUGAGAGUGACACAGGCAAGAAGGCAAGGCACACAUCCAAAGACAGCAAGGCGGCAAAGAAGAAGAAGAAGAAGAAGAAGCACAAGAAGAAGCACAAGGAGUGAGGGUGCGGGGGAGAGGGGGGCGUUGAGAGAAGGGACCGGGGGCCUUGUGUCUUGCAGCCCUGGUUCCUAGAAAGACGCAGUAGUGAGAAUAUGGCCUCCCACCCCAUGACUCUCUCCCAUGGAAGAUGGCUUCCUCUUCAUGCCGCGGGCAGGUCUGGGAGCUAGAUGUCAGAAGCAUCUGCCUGAAUGAGUUGUUGUUUCCUUAUCACUCCUGGUCCAUUUGCAAGCGAUCCCUGCAGCUCAUCCAUCCAUUCACCCAACUUCCUCCAUUCAGCAGAGGUCCUGUUACCCUCUCCAGCUGCCACUGCCAGAGCCUGAUUCCUGCACAGGAGUCCAGGCUAGAGCCACAGUUAACUGCUGUGGAGGUGAGUCUGGCUGUGGUUGGAGAACAGUGAGUGGCCCCUCCCUGCUGGUUUGCCCUGGGCUGAUUGGUGGGUGAUCUCUGCUACAUCCAACACUGGGCAGAUGGAGGGAGCCUGGAAGUCUGAGGGAGGACAUGGUAAGAAGUGGUGCUCACUCUUUCCGUUCCCCCUAAUGAUUCUACUGUGCUAGAAGUGACAAGCCAGUGCCUGCAGCCAGAAAACCAUCGUAUGCAGUGACUGAGCUUGUGUAUGACAUUCUGCCAGACCACUGAACCAGACAGCUCAAGCCAAGAUCAUUGCUUUACUUCGUGUUUACUACUGUGUGAGUCAAUUGGUUCCACUUCAGGUUUCUGCUUAAAUGCCUGGCACUAAAUGGAAAUGUGUUUGGUUUUAAACUUAUUGAAAGUU